CCCCAACUCCAUUUCUCGAAUCCUUCCAGUCUCCAGACUUUCCAAGUACCAAACGGCAAAGUGCAAACUGCAAACUACGAAGGCGCGGCGAAGCGCUAUAAACAGAAGAACAAGGACCAAGGAUGGUUUCUAAUUGGCAUGGAUGCCAAUAUCAGCCUCAGGUGUGCGUUUGUCCAAAGUUCUGAUUCAAAGAGCCCAUUAUCAAGAACUAUAAAAGCUUGGAAUGUUCGAGCAAGGACAAACAAAUAACAUAGAGCGAGUCUAAGUGGCUUCCAAGUUACGAGAGCAAAAAACUAAAAAAAGGACAAGACAAAUUCUAUUGGAAUUUUCUUCCUAAAAAAAAGGAAUUGUGCUGAGGAGGGAGAUUCUAAUCGUCAGAGAGGAGCGGUGAAUGACUACUUGGGGUUUAAUGGAGGGAAAACUUUCUGUUUCACCAGCAAGUCUCGUUGAUCAACUAGUAGUUCCAGGAGAUGUGGUUCUUGAUCUAUCAAGCAUGGUGAACCAAACCAUCAAGCUCGGUGGCGGCCUCUAUCAGGACAAUGAUGUUAUAUUUGUCAUCAAGGCUGGGAAACUAAGGUUCUCAAAGCCAAACAAAUAUUGGGUGGAAAGUUCUCAUAAAAGAUAUGUUCCUUGUGUAGAGGAUCGUGUUCUUGGAAUUGUGGUUGACUGUAAAGCAGAUAACUUUCUUGUGGACAUAAAAGGACCUUCCUUGGCCUUUUUGCCUGUUCUUGCAUUUGAAGGAGGUACUAGGAGAAACAUACCAAAAUUUGAGGUAGGUGCUUUGCUUUAUGUUAGGGUUGUGAAGGCAAACCCCAGCAUGAAUCCUGAGCUGUCAUGCACUGAUGCCAGUGGAAAGGCAGCAGAAUUCGGUCUCCUCAAAGAUGGCUACAUGUUUGAGUCUUCGACUGGUCUUUCAAGAAUGCUGUUGAGCUCACCAACAUGUCCGGUUCUUGAGGAUCUUGGAAAGAAGCUCUCCUUUGAGAUAGCAGUUGGCUUAAAUGGCAGGGUUUGGGUGAAUGCUGACUCUCCAUCAUCAAUUGUCAUUGUUGCUAAAGCCAUAAUGAACUCCGAGUUUUUAAGUGGGGCCCAACAGAGGAACAUGGUGAAGAAACUUUUCGACAAAAUCCAGUCAUCUACAGCAGUGAAUUGAAUACCGGAGCAAUCUGGUCCAGGAGCUGAUGGUGUUGAUAGCAGGGAAGAAAAGGACUCUCUGUUCCUGAGAGCUUCUGUUUACCUCUUUGAAAUUGUGGUCCUGCUUUGUCCAGUUUCCAAAGGGAGGAGGAUAACUGAUGAGAUGAGACUGAAAUUGCGGAUCAACGAAUGUUGUUUCGCUGAUCAUGUUUAUAACCCCACAACAAAGGAUGGACGGUUCCUGACGAGUAGUCAAGUACAAGUUACCUAAUUUGAACUUUCGGGGUUGGGUUUUUCUAGAAACGGAGGGGUAGGGGUUGGGUUUUUCGGGGUUGUGGGCUUAUGGGCUUGGAUUGUUAAUUUUCAGGCCCAUUAAUUAUCACGACGCUCGAUUCCUUCCUCGCUGUUGGUUACUACUACGUUUAAAAAGCCCAUAAACUGCUGUAGUCAAUGGGCCUCUUAUUGAUUACAUUUCAAAUGACAUACAAUUAAGGUGUGUGUUUUUUUUUUUUUAAAGGUAGAACCUGUCGAGUUGCUCACCGGACAAUUGGUUGGUAAAUCUCGGGUCACAUGAAAGACCUUGUAAUUCCCAUAGAUAAAUUAAGACUUGGUUUAAGGAUCUAUGCGAGAGAUAAAGUAUGGUUCCAUUGGCA